AUACCCAUGACUGUUAGUACCUGAUUGAUAUACGGGGAUCUUUCAGUGGAGGCAAUAGACCGCGGUUUUUGGCAAAUCGCCGAGGUAUGUGCGGUUACUUGCGCGGCAGUUAUCAUGAAAAUGGGCCAUGGAUACGGGUUACUUGUUCGCUUCCAGUUUCGCUUCUGGGAAUUUAUGACGUAUGGAGCUAUCUCGUAGGGAGGAUUAUCACUGGUGUCACGGCGAGAGCCGAUGUAGAAUUCGGCGAGAGCCGAUAUCACGAGUAAAAGGAUGGACGCUAGAUAACUGCAGCAAUGUCUCCAACAAAUCCAAGUACUUUAUGCAGC